GCCAGGGCCAACGGAAAAACAGCAAAGAUCCCCCCGGGCUGAAGACUCCAAGAACCCCUCAAGUCUCCGUGAGAUUCCCAGAGUCCCCCUAGAGACCCCCAUAGCCCCUUAAACAUCCCAGACACCUCUGUAAGGUCCACAGACAUCACAGAGACCCCUAGAGAGCCCCUCCAGCGCCUGGGCUAUCCCUGUAGAUCCCUAGAGAUCCUCAGAGACUCCCGGAGACCCCCAACGUUCCUAGACGGCCCUGAUGAUUUCCAGAGAACCCGGAGACGGCGGGAUAUCCCUACAGACCCCAAGCUGAUCCCUCUAGCCUCCAGAGACCAUGAAUAGCCCCUCGUAGUGCACGGGAGAGCCCUUGACACUGUUGUAAGACCUCCCCCCCCCCCGACCCAAAGAGACCUAGGGAAUUACAGAGUACCCCCCAUAUAAUUGUGCAUACCCCCAGAAACCCACAGAGGCCCAAAGAACCCGACAGCCCCCUCGCCCCCCCCCCCCGAAAUAAAAAAACUAAACGAGACCCCCUAGGAGACCCCCUAGGAGACCCCCUAGGAGACCCCCUGGGAGACCCCCUAGGAGACCCCGGGAGCUCACCGCUCGUGGGACGCAAUGCCGGGGCCUGGGUGACCCGAGUCCCCCUGAGGGCCCUGAGCGGACGGGGUCAUGAACGUGCUGCAAGAUUACCGGCUGCUGGGACGCAAGGGCGAGGGAACCUUCUCGGAGGUCCUCAAGUGCCAGAGUUUGCGCGACGGCGCCUACUACGCCUGCAAGCGACUCAAGCAGCGAUACGACAGCCAGGAGAGUGUGAACGGCCUGCGCGAGGUGCAGGCCAUGCGACGCCUCGGCUCCCACCCCAACAUCGUGCAGCUGCAUGAGGUUCUCUACGAUAAGAAGUCGGGGACUCUGGCGCUGAUCUGCGAACUCAUGGACAUGAACAUGUACGAGCUGAUCCGAGAUCGGAGAAACUUCUUGCCAGAAGGGAGGAUUCGCAGCUACAUGCAGCAGCUGUGCCGCUCUCUUGACUACAUGCACAGGAACGGCAUCUUCCACCGCGACGUGAAGCCAGAGAACAUCCUCAUCAAGCAGAACGAGGUGCUGAAGCUGGCGGACUUCGGUUCGUGCAAGAGCGCAUUCGCGCGGCCGCCCUUCACGGAGUACAUCUCGACGCGCUGGUACCGCGCGCCCGAGUGCCUCCUCACCGACGGACACUACGGCCUCGCCAUGGACGUGUGGAGCGCUGGCUGCGUCUUCUACGAGAUCACCAGUCUGCAGCCACUCUUCCCGGGAGCGAACGAGGUGGAUCAGAUCUCAAAGAUCCACGAGGUCCUGGGAACCCCUACCGCUGCCCUGCUCAACAAGAUGAGGAGUAAGAGCCGUGGCCUGGGCCUGGAGUUCCCCUCCCAGAAGGGGCUGGGGUUGAGCCGGCUCGUGCCGCACGCCUCGGCCGAGGCCACGCAGCUCAUGGCCGCCAUGCUGACCUACGACCCCGAGGAGCGGCUCUCGGCCAAGGCGGCGCUCCGGCACGCGUUCUUCACGGGCGUGCGCUCGGCGAGCCAGCCGGCGCAGAUAGGGGAUCCGGAGCGCCAUCCCAUGGGGGUCUACGGCCCCCUGUCCCCAUUGGGGCUAAAGGAGGACCCCCCGGCGAAGGCUGCGUCGCUCCCCUGGAUCAGCGCCGCCAAACCCAUACCCCGCCGGCAGAAGCGGUUCCAGGCGCAGGGGGGACUGGCUGUGCCGGUGUCGCACCCCCGCGGGGGGGGCGGCCCCCCCGAAAGCAGCUUCUCGUCGGCCUCCGCUUUCCACGGGCUGCCCCUGUCGCGCCUGCGCGUCGGGGGGGUCGCCCCCCCGCUGCGGCUGCCCCCGCUGCCCCCGCUGCACGCCUCGGGGUCGGGGAUCCACCUCUCCACGCUGCAGGCGCAGGCGCGCAAGGCCGAGCAUGCAGAGCGCCUGGGAAUCCACUACCCUCUGCCCUCCAUGGCACGUCGCGGGGGGAAGUACCACUGAUCGCUUCUGCUAACCCUCGGAUCCCCCUCCCGGGGGUGAUCAGGGAACCCGGGUGCCCCCCAGGAUCCCACGUCUCACGACCACAGCCGCUGAGCCUCACGUCGCCAUGAGAGGGCGCCAUCAGCGCGGCCGAGCGACGAAGCUCCCAGGCGGUUUGCCAACUCAGGCGGGGGAACCGAAGCAGCACGAGCGAUGGAUGAGCGGCUGUGCCCAGUGAUGGGCUGUGGACUCUGCCGGUUGAGGGUUGGAGGGUGCGCCAGCUGCUGUAGCCCCCCACCCCCACGGUUCAGCAGGGUGCGCCAGCGGUGGUAGGGUCAGGUGGAACCACACAAGUGGUCGUACUCACCUGACCAUCAGUCACUGAACCGCUCUCAUCACUUGGGUGGUUUUCCGUUGUGGUUUGGGGGAGGUGACAUUGGUGAGUUUUCUCCCAACCCUUACGAAACUUUCUCCAGCACCGCAGCAAUUGGGACUCCAAGGGAGACCUGGUCCACAGGGUGCUGCAGACCACGGGAGGCGCUGGGGCAGCACAACUCCUCGCAGUUACACCACAGAGCUGAGCUGUAAUCUGAUUAUUUAACAGAUUACUUUAUCAAGUUUAUUGGCUCGAUUACUCAGCUAAUGGGAUUACAUGUACAUGAAAAUAGGUGCAAAAAGCCUCACCUCUGUCCUCAUGUGUGCCACUGGACAGAUGGUGACGAGCGGGGCUUUGUUAAGUAAUUGACACCAUUAGUCGUGUCACGCUGGACGUGGCUUAUCGGGGGUUUCCUGCCUUCGUCGGGCAGAAAGUACACGAGAGUGGCCCCGUCACUUUUUAAAAUCGACAACCAAAAAAAGUAGUCUAUUACAAUUUUAAUCAAAUAAUAAUCCCAGCUAAAAACUCUUCACGGAUGAAACUCAUCCUCAGAUAAAUUCCUCCGAGUGAAGGGGCCCCGCGGAGAUUGUGAAGAUUUCAUCCCAAGUCGGUCACGGCCGCGGCGUGAACGACACCGCUGGGAGCUGCGAUCAUCGAUGCCGAUUCCGAGUCUUUCGGGGGGCACCUGGGCAGUGGAAGGGGGCGGAUGAGGUUGGGCGCGGGGCCCAUAAUGGAU